AUGAGACCGCUCGCAAACGUUCUCGCCAUCGGGGCGCUUCUAGCCGCUCUGGCCUCCGCCAGCGACCCACCCACGGUCAACAUCAAGAACGGGUCCUACUACGGCGUCUACCAAGAAACCUACGACGAAGACCUCUUCCUCGGCAUGCCAUACGCCCAACCACCCGUCGGAGACCUGCGCUUCCGCGUCCCGGAGCUGCUCAACACGACGUGGACGGAUGCCAAGAACGCGACUGACGACCAGUGGGUACUGGGCAACGUGAUCUCGGAGGACUGUUUGACGAUCAACGUCGUGCGUCCGAACGGCAUCUCCGAGGGAGCCGAACUUCCGGUCGCCGUGUGGAUUCACGGUGGUGGCUUCACCGAGGGCGGCUCGCGCGACCCCCGUUACAACCAGUCCUACAUUAUCAAGGAGGCCACGGACGCCGGCAUGCCGUUCAUCGGUGUGAGCAUCAACUACCGUCUGCAGGCCUUUGGCUUCUUGUGGGGGACCGCCGUCAAGGAGGCGGGGGUAUCGAACCUCGGCCUGAAGGACCAGCACCUUGCGCUGCACUGGGUGCAGGAGAACAUCGCUGCUUUCGGUGGCGACCCGGACAAGGUCACGAUAUGGGGCGAGAGCGCUGGUGCCAUGAGCGUUGGCUACCAGCUUCUCGCGUACGAUGGCCGCGACGACGGCCUGUACCGCGCUGCCAUCAUGGAGUCGGGCGCUCCUGCCAAGGUGCCGUCCACCUACUUGAACACGACCGAGUGGGACACGUACUACAACAACAUCACGGCGGCGGCGAACUGCAGCUCUGCGGCGGACACGCUGGCCUGCCUGCACCAGGUGCCGAUCGACCCGCUUUCAUCCAUCUUUAACAGCUCUGUUGCGUCCUCGGCGUCGUACCGCCCGAUCGUCGACGGCGACUUCCUGACGGACGUGGGCCCGGCGCUCCUUACGGCGGGCAAGUGCCCAUUCUCCACGGAAUUUGUGUCCUUCCUGAUUGAUACCAUGGGAGAGACCGAGGAGACGGCCGCCAUCCUCACUGAGGUGUACCCGGACAUCCCGGCCGUGGGCAUUCCCGGCAUGCUGCACGGCCGCCCUGCGACCGACUCGGGCUACGGCGUCAUGUACAAGCGCGCUGCUGCUUACGGCGGCGACGUGAUCAUGCACGCUCCUCGCCGCUACCUGUCCGAGAUCUGGGCUGCCAACGACGUCCCAAGCUACAGCUACGUCUUCGACGUGCUGACGGCCGGCAACAACGAGUACAUUGGCGCAACGCACUUCACGGAGGUCGCGUUCGUGUUCUACAACCUGCUCGGAGACGGCUACAACAACUCGGUGGCCACGGACCCGUUCCUGGACAAGCCCGACAGCUACAAGCAGCUCACGAAGGUGAUGACCCGCAUGUGGGCGAGCUUCAUCGUGCAUGAGAACCCGAACGAGAACGGCGUGACGGCGCUCGAGUGGCCUGAAUACACGUCUGACAACGCGCAGAACAUCGUGUUCGACGCCAAUGUGAUGGAAUUCGCCUACAUUGCGCCGGACACGUACCGUGCUGAAGGCAUCGCCUACUUGACGAGUCUGUACAAUGCCACGGCCUAG